GCAGCUGCCAUGUUUGAGUUUCUGCGCCAAGAGCUUCCUUUCUACCGCGUCGUGUAUAGCAUCAGGCGCGGAGGAGUGCAGACAGCCAUCAGCACGCCGCGCUUCACCAGCGUGUUCGGCGUCGACGAUACCUGUCGGUUUGCGUCUGAUGGAAAGCUGGUCGACGCGAAGACGGGCAGGCCGGCCGAGACGAGGCGCUACACGUGCGCACCUCGUCCCAUUCCGCAGUGCCUCGAAGAGCUGAGACUGGUGACGGAGGGAACCACUGGGGAAACGUUCAACAUGUGCCUGGUCAACUACUACGCCGACGGCAGAGACAGCAUCUCGUUCCAUUCCGACGACGAGCGCUUUUUGGGCCCCACGCCGGCCAUUGCAUCUUAUAGCUUGGGUGCAAAGCGCGACUUUCUGAUGAAGCACAAGCCGAGAGCCGCGAAAGACGGCGACGCGGCCGAGGAGCCAAAGGGGGUGAAGCUGGCGCUGGGGUCGGGGGACAUGGUUCUCAUGCGCGGCCCGACGCAGGCGAACUGGCUGCACAGCAUACCGAAGCGGGCCGGACCCGAGGCGGGCAAGGGGAGAAUCAACAUUACCUUUAGGAAAGCCAUGGUCAGGGGCGGGACGGAGAAUUACUACCAGUACAAUGUGGGAAGCGGACAGGUGCAUAGGUGGGAUGCGCGGGCGCAGCAAAUGGCGGCCUGGACGCCGCGCAAUGAUUCAAAUGGCGAGUAACGUGUACGUGUAUGUCUGGUGGUGGGAGCCGGACGAGGGGGGCAGGUGGGAAGGCUGCCGCAUUGCAUGGAUGGAUGGAUAGAU